GGAAGGGAGGGAGGGAGAUCCGUGGGCGGCUCUUCGGGUUGGUCCAAGAAGGAGCAGCAGAUAGGCGAGGGAGAGAGCCCGCCUUCCUCCCAUCAUAAUAAUGUAAGGGGAGAGCGACCCACCCUUUCCAUCCAGGGCUCUCUCCAAGGGAACAAAGGGAGACGCCUGAAGCUUCCAUUGGGGGGUUUCGUGGAGGAAAGGAGCCUUUCCUCUCUGCGCUGGGGACACCUCGCCUUGGGGCUCCCCCGCCCUGACCAUCCUCCCUUUUUUCCUUCCUUCUUUCCUCUGCGAUGCCCGGGAUCGGAGCCAUCGGGGCCCGCUGCCGCCACCGCCCCCGGAGGCGCGCCCCACACGAGUCGGAGGCCAGCGGGGAGGCCUCCCGGGUCUCGGGCGAAGGGGCGCUGGAGACGGCCAUCUGGAGCUUCCAGUUCCGCCUGAUCGUGCUGGGAGACUCCACGGUGGGCAAGUCCUGCCUCCUGCACCGCUUCACCGAGGGACGCUUCCCGGGCCCCCGCCACGCCGAGCCCACCGUCGGGGUGGACUUCUUCUCCCGCCUCCUCGAGAUCGAGCCCGGCAAGAGGAUCAAGCUCCAGCUCUGGGACACCGCCGGGCAGGAGAGGUUCAGAUCGAUCACACGCUCCUAUUACCGCAAUUCGGUGGGAGGCUUGCUGGUAUUUGACAUCACAAAUCGGUCUUCAUUUGAACAUGUGUACGAUUGGCUGGAUGAAGGUAAAAUGCACGCGGAGCCCUUCCAGAUUGUGUUCAUCUUGGUGGGACACAAAUGCGACCUGGAGACAGAACGUCAAGUGACGAGAGAGGAAGCAGAAGAGCUGGCGUCCGACUGUGGCAUGAGAUACAUCGAAACAUCUGCCAAAGAUGCCAUCAACGUCGAAGAGUCUUUUAUGAUCCUCACAAGAGAUAUCUACGAACUCGUGAAGAAAGGAGAGAUUUCAGUGCGGGAUGGAUGGGAAGGGGUGAAAAGUGGCUUUGUUCCCAACAUUGUGCAUUCCUCGGAGGAAGCUGACUUGCUUGGAGACCAAUGUACCUGCUAAACUGCGUGCAUGCCAAAGUACCAUAUAGUAUGUAACAAGUGUUUGGGGUAUGUGGUCUGUGCAUCUGAAAGAUUACGUGUGAAGGUGCAUUAGAUCAUGGAUUAAGAAUGUAUGGCUCCUGAGCUUGCCAUAGCUCCUGAGAUACUUAAGUGUGGUUCAUAUAAGGAUUUUGAGAUUCUCAGUCCUUGCUUAAAAAGCAAAACAAGCUUUCAGUACAAAACAUGGAUUGGGUUAAGGACAGAUAAAGACAAGAGAGGUGCAGGUUCAAAAAAAAAAGUCUGCAUUCUUUGUUUCUAAUGUUUUGUGAAGUUUUUUCCAAGGUUUUGUAAAGGCUGAUUCAGGUUUAUUCAGUCUUCUUUGCCGAUAACUUUUUGGAAUGCUUAAAUUGUGAAUGUUGUGCAUAAUGUGGCAUGCUCACCACCCGUGUGCAUGAAAAUGAUGUGCAAAUUAUAAAAAAUUGCAUGCAGCAAAGAACAUGCAGUUCUGCAAAGGUUGUUUGUUCUGAAAAUUUCAUAAAAUUCUCACUUCUCCCAUCUUACAUAUCGAAAGAUGGGACCAUCGACUCUGCUUGAGAUCAUAGUGGUCCACACAACAACACAAAAAUGUUAAAAUGUUAUGUUGCAUUUCAUAAUACAGUAGAUUCUCAAGUAACUGGAACUCAAGUAUCUGGAACUCUCAAGCAAUCAGCAAAAAACCACAAAAACAGCAAACUGCAAAGCUGUUUUCAUAAUAUAUACACUUUAUAUAUAAGCUUUAUUUAUUUUCUUCCCUUCUCCCCUAGGGAGCUCAGGCAAAUUACAGCAUUACAUGCAUACACAAACAUUCAAUGCCUUUACAAUCGUAUACAAUAAGACACACAAACACAAACAAAGGCAGAGGCUUCUCCUUUCAUUGCCAGCUUCUGCAGGCAGUGCUCAUCUCUGGCUCUGGGGAGGUGCUUUUCUCAAUUUUCAUGCCAAUGAGCCUGCAUUGUCACCUCCUGGUUGAUGAGUCAGCAAGAGCAUCUCUUUGCCUUUUCCCACUGAAGCAGUACCUACUCACAUUUGCAUGUUUUUGAACUGCUAGGUUGACAGGAACUGGAGCUGACAGACAGGGGCUCAUCCUGUCUCUCAAAUUUGAACAGCCAACCUUCAGGUCAGCAGUUCAUCCAACCUUCAAGUCACAAGGUUUAACCCAUUGUGCCACAGUGGCUCCAUAAUACAGUAAAACUGUAUGCUAUUCAUUUAAAUUUUGUCUUCAUUUGCUUUUAAUUACUGUAGUUCAAUAUUAAUAUCAAGUCAAUACAGACUGUAUGAUACAUUAUGGGGUAUAGUAUUAGUUAAGGCUAUUUUUAAUAGUCACUCUCAAGUUGCCAUAAACUUCAUGUAUCCGGCAGGGUGCUGGUUAACUGAGAGUCUACUGUAUUAGUAUCACAUUGUGCUGUAUUUGUAUUCCAUUGAAUUGAGAACUUAGUUUUUCGCAGCAACUAGAACUGAUUUCUCCACAGCAGAACUUUUUCCACUCAUGACCUUUUGCUGCCUGAGAAAUGUUUAUUUGACCCACGAUAUAUAGGUAAAUAAAAUUGGUAUAAGAUUAAAUAUUUACUGAUAAUCAGCAUUUGCAAGGUUUGCUAAACAGGCCAAUUUUCCUUUUUGUGGAGUACGGCUGAAGCAUUUUUUUGCAGAGUUCACUGUAAAUACUGCAUGUUGUAGCAAACAGAUUUGUGUAAAUGGGUGGCAUUCAGAAACCCUUUAGUGUUGCCACAUUUUUCAUUACCCUAACACUGAGUUGAGGGAAACCCCAUGUGUUUUAAGAAGUAGUGGUCCACAACAUAUAUCAACCUUCUGCAAAUUGUUGCCUUCAAGAUAAUUUGGACUAUACUCCCAUCAAAUCGAGGAAGGUUGAGAUAUAGUAUGAGUGUUAUCUGGAAGUUUAAAAACUGUGAAGAAAGGUAGUAUGAAAGUAAGACUUUUUCCCACAUUCUCAGUAAAAUAGGCUUCUUAUAUUCCAAUUUAAGGUAGAAACUUGUCCUCUGGACUACCUCAUGCAAUGAAAUAAGUGCUAACAAGAUAUACUGAGCAGUUUUGGUAUCUAGGGCUACAAUAAUAACUAUGAUUUAUGGUAUCACGCCUACCAAUGAGUGAGGUGUUCCUUUAGAAAAAUAAUUUUUCAAGCUCUGCCAACAAUCCAUUGCUAUGUAUCACAUCAUGGUCUAUGGAUGUGAAUGACAGACUUCCAGGGUGUCUAAGUUCUGGCUUCUUGUACAUCUACACUGUAGAAUUAAUAAUAAUAAUAAUAAUAAUAAUAAUAAUAAUAACAAUAAUACACUUUAUUUAUAUUCUGCCAUCCUACCCUAGGGGACUCAGAGCAGAUUACAAAAUUUACAUACAUAGGCAAACAUUCAAUGGCUUUACAAUUGUAUACAAUGGAGUGGACAAACAAAACAAAGGCAGAGGCUUCUCCUUUCAUUUCCGGCUUCUGGAGGUGGUGCUUAUGUCUAGCUCUGCGGUUUUCAAGCUGGGGAGCCUGCAUUGUUACCUCCUGGUUGUGUGGCUGGCAAGAUUGCUUGCAGCAUCUCCUUGCCUUUUCCCACCAAAGUGGUUCCUGUUUAUCUACUCACAUUUGCAUGUUUUCGAACUGCUAGGUUGCAGGAGCUAGAGUUACAAAUGGGAACUCACCCCAUCUCGCGGAUUCGAACUGCCAACCUUCAGAUCAGCAGUUCAGCCAAACUUUAGGUCAGCAGUUUGGCAGCACAUGGGUUUAACCCAUUGUGCUACCACAGCUCCUGGAAUUAAUGCUGUUUGGCACAGCUUUAACUACUAUGGCUUAGUGCUAUGAAUUAAUGGAAGCUGUAGUUUUACACAAAGUCUUUAGCCUUCUGUGCCCAAGAGUGCUGGUGCCUCACCAAAUCCCAAUUCCCAUUAGUAUUGGGGUUUAAAGUGAUGUUUAACUGCAUUAAUUCUACAGUGUAGAUGCACCCUGUGUCAGUCUUCUUUGCAAGAUUAGCUGAGAAUGACUACAUCUGUAGCUCAGAAUAUCUGGAGAAAACCAGAUUGGAGAACCCUGCUUCAGACACCACCACAAACUCAAAUGCUACUUACUGGUACGUCCUGUAAACUCACCAUCUCCUAUCUGGCACUUUGUUGUGCGAGUGUUUAAUCUGCCACUUUGCUUUGCAAACUCGUAUACUAUUUUCACAUAGCUAGGGCAUCUGUCCAGUUUGUAGACACUGCACCCGUAUUUUUGGUGAAUGCCUUUCACUUCCAACACAAUCCAUUCUUGAUUACAGGAAGUUGCAUAUAUCGAUAUCAGCAACAAAGGUGCUAUUAAGUAGCAAGAUAUUUUCUAUCAUACUCUUAUUACAAUUUUUAUUACCUACAUUCUUUCUGGUCUAUCCAUUUUCAAAAAAGAUUAAAAUAAAGCUAUGUAAUAUGUACUCUA